AUGCGCUUGUACACACCCAAGAACCUCCUGUAUCCGAUCACGGUUACGAAGCUCCUGCGACAGGAGGGAGAUGACGUCCCUGUCAACGAGCGGCUGUUUAGCUAUUCGUACCAGACCAAGGUUACUGAAUUCGAUAAAGACAAGAGAUUAGACGUGGAUGUGACCAAAACAUUACACUCCUUUUUCGAGAGCGAGCUUGAGGGCAAGCUCAACUCGCUCAAUGUCAAGGAGGGCCAGGUCCUGACACAACGCUCGGUGGUGGCAGACGUGGAAGAGCCGUGCAAACAUGAAGUCCAAUUUGGGGGCCUUUGCGCCAAUUGUGGAAAGGACAUGGAGGAAGUCAAUUCAUACAACACCUCGGCAUCGAAUACAGAGCGCGCGACCAUCAACACGGUCCACGGCACUACGCAGCUCAAGAUCUCAGCGGACGAAGCUACUCGAGCCGAUGAGGAGGCGAAGCGCAGACUGCUGGACUCGCGGCGCCUCAGUCUGGUCGUCGAUCUGGAUCAGACCGUCAUUCACGCGUCCGUCGAGCCUACCAUCGGCGAAUGGCAGAGCGAUCCCUCGAAUCCCAACCACGAAGCUCUCAAGGACGUAUGCAAGUUCCAAUUGCUAGACGAUAUCCCGAGCAGGUCAGGCACAUGGUACUAUAUCAAGCUCCGGCCCGGCCUGAAAGAGUUCCUGAACACCAUGUCAGAGUACUAUGAGAUGCACAUUUAUACCAUGGGCACCCGCGCGUAUGCUGAGAACAUCGCGAGAAUCAUUGACCCAGAGCGCAAGGUCUUUGGCGAUCGCAUCCUCAGCAGAGACGAGAGUGGAAGCAUGACCGCCAAGAACUUACGACGCCUGUUUCCGGUUGACACCAAGAUGGUUAUUAUCAUCGAUGACCGUGCGGAUGUUUGGCAUUGGAUUCCAAAUCUCGUCAAGGUUAACGUCUACGAGUUCUUCGUGGGUAUCGGUGACAUCAACAGCAGCUUUUUGCCGAAGAGACCGGAGGUGCAAGCGAAGAACAAAGGUGGCGCGAAGAUGGAGAGACUGCCAUCGAAUAAGAGAGGAUCCGACUCUAGCAGCUCGAGCGACUCUAAGUCCAGCGAAAGCGACAAUUUUGCGCCCAGUACCGCUCCGACUACGCCUCCCUCGACGAAUGGCGAGACUACAGCUGUGGAGCAGAUGCUCACAAUGGCUGGAAAUAAAGACGGAGAGAGCUUGAAGUCGAAGGAGGAAGCGCAAGAGCAGACAAUCACAGCACAGUUGAAAGAUCGCCCGCUUUUGCAGAAGCAGAAGAUACUCGAUGCGAUAGAAGAGGAAGAAGCAAAGGCAUCUCCGGCCGUCGAAGCGGCCACCGAGCUCCUCUCCGAGAGUGGCGAGGCGAAGGAGGAAAUGCCUGCAGACAACCAGCCGAAGAACAAGUACCGGCACAACCUUCUCCAGGAUGAUGAUACGGAGCUGCAAUAUCUCGGACAAAGUCUGCGGAGUAUACACGACGCAUAUUACGACGAGUAUGAUAAAGCGGCCAUGGGAAGCAAAGGCAGUAGAGUUGCAGAGCUUCGGCCAGGUCACACAAAGAAACGCUCUAUGGAUGACCGGGAAUACAUCCCCGAUGCAGCUGCGAUUAUGGACGGCAUGAAGAAGAAGGUUCUCGCGGGCAUUCAUAUCGUCUUUUCUGGCGUCGUGCCGCUCGGUGUUGAUAUCCAAAAUCACGACACUGCUAUCUGGGCCAAGAGCUUCGGCGCAAAUGUCAGCGACAACAUCAACAAAAAGACCACCCACGUCAUCGCUUCUCCUGAGCGCCGGACUGCGAAGGUGCGGCAAGCAGCCGCAAAGGGCGGCCGCAUUGCAAUCGUCAGCCAGUCAUGGCUACACGCCUGCUUUAGUCAAUGGGCCAAGGUUGAUGAGAAUCCGUAUCGAAUUCACUCCGAUAAUUCCUCGAACGGCACAAAUGGACUUCCGGACAGCUUCGAAAGCAAGGACUACAUGCUCUCGUCUUCGGACGAAGAGGCUGCACAGACUGAGGACGAGAUCGAUGGAAGAAGGAACCCGAAUGGCACCCGCAAUGGACUGACGCUCGAAACCGGUCUUCAUACCGACAACGAAGAUUGGGAGCAGUACAAGCCCACCACUCCACCGGACGAGGCGAGCCCUGCAGAAACUGAGCAGGACUGGAAGGAUGUCGACGCCGAGUUGGCUGAAUUUCUAGGCUCUGAUCUGGAUGAUGACAGCGACACCGAGAGUAUACGCAGUGAGCGUACGGAAAAGGGAGAUGAAUUGAAGACUCCGCCUAGCCAGCGUAAGCGCAAGUCAGAUGACCGGGAUGGCGAGGACGAUGUGGAAGAGAGCAGACUCCAGAAGCGCAAGAGGGAGGCUCUGGAUCGAACGAGCAGCUUGACGAAUCUGGCUGCUACGGGAGACAGCUCUCCAGCUACCGACCUCGACGACAACGACCACGAUGACGAUGCAGGCGGUAGGACAGAAGAUGACGACGACCUCGAAGCGGCACUCGCUGCUGAGAUGGAACGCCAGAGCAGUGAGGAAGACGAAGAAGCUGCCGAGUUCAAUGGCGGCGGCACCAAUGCAUUGAACAGCUGA